AUGGGGUUCGAUUUCUCAUGCAUCUCGCAGAUAUUUGGCGUCGUGCAAAAGACACGCGCGGCCGGGGGUGGCAUCAACUACUUCGAUAUCGGCAAGCAGCUAAUCAAGAUCGCGGGGCCGUACAUUGUGCAGUACCUUGGCGAGGUGCAGCGCCCGCCGAAGGUUGAUAUCGAAGAGGCCUUCAACGACGCAAGUCAGGCGGAGAGCUUCAAGCCGUGGGAGGGGCCAAGCCACGAGGGUGGUACCGUUCGUGUGCUCCUCAUCGGCAUCAACUACUACGGCACCAAGGCCCAGCUCUCCGGCUGCUGUAACGACGUGAAGCAGAUAAUCGCCACCCUGCAGAAGAAGAAGUUCCCAAUUGACCAGAUGAGCAUUCUUGUCGAUGAGCAGGGCUUCCCUGGCCGCACCAAUCAACCGACGCGUGCGAAUAUCAUCCGUUACAUGGCGUGGCUCGUCAAGGACGCCAAGCCCGGUGAUGUGCUCUUUCUUCACUACUCCGGCCACGGCACACAGACACGUGCGGAGAAGGACUCGGAGGAGGAGUAUGAUCAAUGCAUUGCUCCAGUUGACUACGACACCGCGGGCUGUAUUGUUGACGAUGACAUCUUCGACAUCCUCGUCCGACGUCUUCCGAAGGGGGUGCGCUUCACUGCCGUGUUUGACUGCUGCCACUCCGGCUCCAUGCUCGACCUGCCAUUCACAUUUGUGGGCAGCCGAGGUCUGCGGAGUGCGUCGGUUGGCCACAUGCAGCGCAUCCGCCGAAACAAUGAUGCGGUGGCCGACGUGCUGAUGAUCUCCGGCUGCGCGGACGAGCAGACGUCUGCCGACGUGGGCAACACCGCCUCCUUCGGGACGGGCUCGACGGGUGCAGGUGGGGCGGCCACGCAGUGCCUGACGUACACGCUGCUCAAGACCAAUCACCUCUCGUACCAUGAUAUGCUCAUUGCCACCCGGGACAUGUUGCAGCGGAAGAGGUUCAAGCAGGUGCCGCAGCUGAGCUCGUCCAAGGCGAUUGACUUGCACCAGGAAUUCUCCCUUACGAGACCGUUUGAAGUGGACGCGAGUGUCGCCUAA